AAAUCAGUGGAGGCAGCCGAGAAAAUUGCAUCUGCAUACAAAUGGAACAACAAUUUGAAGAAAGAUGAUGUGACAUACAUGAAUGCCAAGGAGCUGGCGGAGAAGAAAAUCAACUUGACCUAUGACGAACAGUUUGGAAGGGAAGUGAACUUUGACUUCUCUAGUGUCCACAUUCCUGUGGAGAUAUAUGAUGGCAACAUUGAUAUUUUAAACGGACUUAACUGGACUGCCGGUCUGGAUGAGCAGUUUAAAAAGAACCAAGAAGAAGAUCCGGAUAUGCUGUGGCAGUAUUUUGGAUCUCAGUCAGGGUUCCUGAGAUUUUACCCAGCCGCACUGUGGCCAUCAAAAGGUGUUGAUCUGUAUGAUGUUCGUAGGCGGUCAUGGUACACCCAAGGUUCAAGUUCCCCUAAGGAUAUGAUGAUUUUAAUUGAUACAAGUGGCAGCACACAUGGUCAGUCUUUACAGCUGAUGCAGAAUUCUGUGAAGUCAAUACUUGAUACGCUGGGUGAGAAUGAUUAUGUCAACAUUGUUGCUUUUUCUGAACAAGCUAACUUUGCCAGCAGGUGCUUCAACCACACAGCCUUUGUCCAAGCCAAUUACAGAAAUAAACUGCGACUAAUGAAGGAUAUAGAUAAGCUGUUAGCAUCGGGACAGACAGACUUCAGUGAGGCCAUCAGGUUUGCUUUUGAAAAGUUUAAAGAGUUCAGUGAUAAUGCCUCCAACACAGACAGCAUUGGGGCCAACUGUAACAAGGUCAUCAUGCUGCUGACUGAUGGAGGUACUGAUACAGCUGAAGAGGUCUUUGAGAAGUACAACUGGCCGAACAAAACUGUGCGGGUGUUUACAUAUGCUGUGGGUGCCACUCCCAACCCAAUUAGUGCUCUCAGAUGGAUGGCUUGUGCUAACAGAGGUUUUUUCUCUCAAAUCCCUGCCAUGGGAGCUAUCAGAGCAAGAGUGCAGGCUUAUACAAGACAUCUCAGAGAGAAGGAAAUAGCUAAUGCAAAAGAGGUGGCAUUUGAGAUAACAAUUGAUCCAAGGGAGCUAGGGAUGAUGACAACAGUCACACGACCAGUGUACAAUUACAGCACAGAGUCGAUUCUCCUCUAUAAUUAUUUUACUGUGGUUCCCAACCAGACUAUUCCCCUUGGAGUGAUGGCCAUUGAUAUUGGGCCUAAUGGAUACUCAUUUGCCAUCAAUCCAAAUGGUUAUGUAGUUUUCCACCCUAAUUUGUAUACUUCCGGCAAAUUCAUGACUGAGCCACCCAACGUUGACCUGCUUGAGCUGGAAGUUGAUCAGAACAGUAAGGAACUCAAUGAUCUGAGAUCAGCCAUGAUUGAAGGUAACAAUGGAUCGGUGACGAUAUCCACCUACUUUUUAUCCCCUGACCAGCGUUAUGUCACCAAUGAUCAAGCAGACUAUGCAUAUGUUUCUAUAACUAACACCUCCUUCAGGUUGGGUUUGUGUGUUCCAACUUACCAGAAAAUGUAUCCCAGCUUCAGUGGAGAUAUACGCACGUUUGAUUGGUCUAAUGCUGAUUCCAGUGUUUUCAAAGUUCUGAUUGCACCAUGGAAUUAUCACAAGAAUAUGAAACGCAUGAAAGAUUUGACUGGCAGCUUGGAUGAUAUUGUUCACCUGUUACAGAAGGAUCCAGACCCAAAGAAUUGGAACCUGGACUUGUUGUACCACCUGUACUGGGAUGUCAUGCAUAUCGAACCACAGCUUGUUGCCUUUAUGAACAU